AUGCCGUUCCAACUGGAGGUCCGAACGGGAGUCUGGCGUUUGGUUUCGUCAACCGCCGCCAUCGAGGCGUCAAGGCCUUUCCUGCCCACCCUCUUGCCGUCCUUCUUCUCCUUCUCUCUUCUUGCCUUUCUUUCUCUGCUGACGACUGUCCAGUCGCUCCUGGGUGCUGCGUCUGCUCAGACGCUCGUCAGGUACGCCAAGGCAGUCACGAAGGCGCACGAGCAGCACGAGAUUUCUCCCUGUGCUGUGUGUGGCUUCUGCCUCUCAGGUUUGUGGUUCGUGUGGUGGGCCUGAGAUGGCCGACCCGUCCGACAAGGGCGGCACCGAGGCCAACGAGGCCGAGGUCACGACGGCGUCGGGUGGCGUGA